UCAAUAAUGAUUCAUAAAUAUAGGUUCCUAAUUAGAAACCUUCCAACAUAUCCAUCGAGGAGCAGAGAUAGAUUGCUUGCACUUGUCAAAGAAGAGGUGGAUGCAGGUAUCAAAGAGAUAUUAAGAUACAAGAACUUGGACAGGAAUGAUCAGAACUGGGUAUUCCAUCUUUGA